AUGAAGCCAACAACGACUUCACUAUUUCAUGAGUCACCUUUGCGGCUCUUGACCCGGCCCUGGAAGAAAUAUCGCGACGGGACGUUGUUUUACGGAGUAUCGAAAGCGGGUAACAGAAGAACACCUUUAACCACUAAGCAAGGCAAUAAAACACUUUACAAAGGUACUCGGUCAUCGGGUAUUGGUAGACACACGAGAUAUGGUGGUUACACUAUAAAUUGGGCCAAGGUGCGUACUUUCAGGACUCCUGCAAGCCUAAACAUGGAUUUGAAACCUUUGGUAAGCCACAACCUUCCAGAGUUGAAACAGACAUUCGAAGGAUUUCCCAAGGGUGCCCUUGAUUCCGAUUUGUAUUUCAAGAGACUCAGGGAAUACGUUAAUAAGGGCAAAGUGUCAAGUGAAGCUUCAAAUAUCGAUUGUUAUACUGAAAAAGUAUGA